AAAACAUGUGAUGAAUAUUAUAUGAAUAGAAAAUAACGACAAAACAUAUGAUUUUUGUCAACACAUUUGAUACACAUUUAGUGACCAAUCGGUGAUUAUAAAAGUAAAUCAAAACAAAUGUCAACAAAUUUUCUUCACGUCGAUAAUGAGUCCAAUCAAAGUGAUGCACAGAUAUCUGAUCCGCCAAUUGGUGUCCAAAUUGAUGAAUCAACAACACCUAAGUUAUCGAAGAGAAAAAUGAAACGAUUGAUUAAACAACAGAAAUGGUUAGAAUCGAGACCUGAAAUGAGGAAAAAAGAAAAGGAAAAGAAAAAAAUGAAAAUAAAAAAAUUAAGGGAAGAAGGCGUUGAAAUCAACAGAGUUGUCGUUAAGAAACAAUUGAUACCAAUGUCUUCAUCCAACUGUAAAGUUUGCAUUUGUAUUGAUUGUCAUUUCGAGCAAUAUAUGGAUGAGAGAGACAUGAAGAAGUUGGUUAAACAGAUUGGUCGCUGUUAUGCUGUUAAUAGACACUCUUCAUCACCGACACAACUAUACAUUACAUCCAUUACUUCAAAAAUUAAAGAAGUAUUUGAGAAAAGUCAACCGGGAUUUACCAAUUGGGACGCUAUUUGUCUCGACAAACAUUGGACACAAGUGUUUGAUGACAAACAAACUAAAGUAAUUUAUAUGACGAGUGAUUCAGAGCAUACAAUACCCGAUCCCAAAGUUAUCUGUGACGCCAAUGAUUUCGUCUUUAUAAUCGGCGGUUUAGUUGAUCACAACCGACAUAAAGGACUUUGUCAUCGAUUAGCAGUCGAGAAGUCGUGUAAAACUGGAAGACUUCCUAUCGAUGAAUACAUAGAAAUGUCUCAAAGAAGAGUUCUCGCUGUAAAUCAUGUGUUUGAGAUAAUGUUGUUGGCAUCCAAUGGUUCGUUACUUGAUUGGACCCAAAUCUUCAAUAAAGUCAUACCUUUAAGGAAAUUAAAAUAAUAUUUGUU